UGGGCAGAGGCUGAAACUGAGUCAUGUGUGCAUAUUUGGAUACGUCACACCCUCUUGCUGUAGUAGACAAAGAACAAACUAGCUCCUUGCCAUAAAUCUCAUGCCUACAGGAUGCUUCGGGAGAACAGAUCAAUUGUGACUUAGUUCCUUACAGAGGGAAAAAAUCCCCUCCCAACACCACUGAGAUGAACUAAAACUGUGUUGCCUUUUUUUGGUAUCUGGAUUUAGCAAACUACAAUGAAGAUUCUCGUUUUCACUGGACUGCUCUCUCUAACAUCAACUCUUACAACAGAGUCUUCACUGAAUGAUUCUGCAAUUAAAACCGUGUCUCUUAUCAAGACUUUCCGUGGAAUUUCACCAAGAGACUAUGAUUACAUCCCACCUCAUGCUAUAGAAGGGGAGACAAAGACAAUCCAUAUCAAGGAAAACAAAAGUUCUUUGAAAAAGUAUAAUGACUCCACUUUAACAGAAGUGAACAACACCACAUUGGAAUACCUGACUAGUUCUCUGAGCACUAAGCUAAUACCCACUGUCUACCUCGGUGCUGUUUUACUGGGUGUACCAUCUAAUGCCAUCAUUUUGUGGAUGCUGCUUUUCAGAAUCCGGUCUGUGUGCACUGCCAUCCUCUACACAAACUUGGCUGUUUCAGAUUUGCUCUUCUGCAUCAUGCUGCCAUUCAAAAUAGCAUACCAUAUCAACAAGAACAACUGGAUUUUUGGAGAAAUUAUGUGUCGAACUACAACUGUGGUAUUUUAUGGCAACAUGUACUGCUCCAUUCUGCUGCUCACAUGCAUUAGUGUCAGUCGCUAUGUGGCCAUCGUUCACCCUUUCACCUACAAGAGCCUGCCAAAACGCACCUAUGCCAUUGCCGUCUGUGCCACUGUGUGGACCAUCGUCUUUUUGUACAUGCUCCCACUCUGCAUAAUGCAGCAAACCUAUUAUGUGAAACAACUGGGCAUUUACACCUGCCAUGAUGUGCACCGUGCCUGCGAAACUGUAUCUUCCUUCCAGUUCUACUACUAUGUUUCUUUAGCUAUCUUUGGAUUCUUAAUGCCUCUUGCAAUCAUCAUUUUCUGCUAUAUUUCGAUUAUACGAACACUAAAGACUCACGAGUGGUUCUGGUAUGUGAAAGUCAGUCUUUUGAUCCUUACCAUCUUCGCUAUUUGCUUUGUACCAAGCAAUAUUAUUCUUAUUAUCCAUCAUAUCAACUAUUACUACUACAACACAGAUAAUUUGUAUUCUUUUUAUCUAAUAGCUUUAUGCCUUAGCAGUUUGAACAGCUGUCUUGAUCCUUUCCUUUAUUUUUUAAUGUCAAAAAUACGAAGUCAAUCCAAUAUAUACCUAACAAUGGUUAAAAUAACCAGGGAAAUGUGAAUUUUAUUCUAUAUUUAUGUUAUUGGAAUUACGAUUUUGAAUAGUACUAACCCAGGUAGCGAUAAACCUCAGAUUUGACAAUUAAACCUUAAAAAAGAAUUCUAAGAUUGUUAAAUCAUGAUCUCAGUGAAAUUUAUUUCUUCCAAACCCCACACAAGAGGCAUCCUCAAGUAUAUUUCUCUAUAAUUAUGCUGUGUGUGCUACGAUGUCAGGUGAAUCUACCUAGAUUCAGGGAAGCAGCUGAGAACUUCCUUCUGAGAAUAUCAAAUUCAUGGUCACAGAGAAGACACUAUAAUAUCAGUUACCACUGAACAAGAGAGGAAUCCACAUCAGUUACCACAGAACAAGAGAAGAAUCUAUCCAGCACUUUUAAGGCCCAUUCCUGACUUGAAAACAUUUUAUAUGUUGUUUGUGACCACAUUCACUGCGGGACUAAUGUGAAUGUGAGGUUUUGAUACAGUGGGAAUGAGAACAAGUGGAAGCACUAGCUGUUCAUGAGCUACAGAGCAUUGGAGAGGCAUUAUGGCACACAGCUAAGAGCAGAUUCUGCCCUAGAUAUCAGAAUUAAAGAGUUGCAAUCCCAUUAGGUUGGAAGUGCAGCAAAAUCUACAGCCUUAAAAGCAGAACUUGACAUGCUUCCAAGGAAGCAUCUCCUCUGAGGCUGCUUAACCAGCUUUGGUCUGGAGACUUGUUCUUCCACUGUGUCAGCACCCAUGCUCCUACAACCCGCAAGGACUGCUGAAAGCUAACCCUUAUCACUGUGAAUCCAGGCAUGCUUUAUUCUUGCUUGGUAAGCAAAAAAGGAAAACUAUUUUGUAGUAUCCUCUAUAUUUCCACAUCCUCACAGGAAACAAUUAGUGUUAGAAGAACUGAAGCAAGCUGUGAUUAAUUGUCCAUGCUAGUAAAGUAAAUGGUUAUCUUUACAUUUAUAGAAGCUCAAGACCUACAAAUGCAGAGUAUAAGAUCCUACAAAAUAAGCUCAGUGGUUGGUGGACACCUAUAACUAACUGUGUAAAACAAAUAAAAAGUACUUGAUGUA